GAUCAGCAAAAAUAUUAUUACUCGCGAAGAAAACAAUUUGUCAUGCAUCAUUCAAAGUUUACACUUUACAAUUGGAAACACAGAUUCUUGAAAUUGGUCAAUGAUACUAUUGCGAUAAAAAAUGUACAUCAACAUCACCAACUGCUUGAAUCUAACAAUGCUACAAAGUGCAAAACAAUAUUAUCAAAACAAAAUGUUUUCAUGGUUUCAAAAAGACAGCAAAAUACUCUCUCUCCUAACCAUACUGAGAAUAUUAUCAAUAAUUCAAGUGCAGAAAAUAUAAAGAAAGCUAGCUAUAAAACAACAUUUUCUAAUGGACCUGGAUUAAAAGAUUUUCUGUCAGAAAGCACUGUUGAUCAUUCAUGCCUCACAUCUGAUAUUACACCUUAUUUAUCAUCAUUAGAUGGAAAUAAACAAAAUGUUUUUCUAGAAAUUUAUGGAUGUCAAAUGAAUGUGAAUGAUGCUGAAAUUGUAUCUUCAAUAUUGAUUAAAAAUAAUUAUAAAAUAACAAAAAAUAUUGAAAAAGCAAAUAUAAUUCUUCUUGUAACAUGUGCAAUCAGAGAAAAAGCAGAACAUAAAAUAUGGAGUAGAUUAUUACAUUUGAGAAGUUUGAAAAAACAAGAUCCCAAUUUAAAAAUUGGACUUUUGGGAUGCAUGGCUGAAAGAUUGAAACACAAAAUUGUUGAAGAAGAAAAAAUAGUAAAUAUUGUCGCAGGACCAGAUAGCUAUAAAGACUUACCAAGGCUUUUGCAAACAAGUAAUGACAAGGAAGUGGCUAUCAAUGUGCAACUAUCUAUGGAUGAAACCUAUGCAGAUGUGUCACCUGUUCGAUUGAACUCGGAAUCAAAAACAGCUUUUGUAUCUAUAAUGCGUGGGUGUGAUAACAUGUGUACAUACUGUAUAGUACCUUUUACAAGAGGACGAGAAAGAUCUAGACCUAUGGAAAGUAUAUUAAAUGAAAUUCAAGAACUAUCAGAUAAAGGCAUCAAAGAAGUAACUCUUCUUGGUCAAAACGUGAACAGCUACAGAGAUAUAUCUCAAUCCAAUUUCUAUCAAUACACUAAGGCAAAAACUAAUUUAGCUAAAGGAUUUAAAACUGUGUAUAAGAAUAAAGAAGGAGGCUUAAGAUUUAGUGAUUUACUUGACAAUGUUUCUAAAAUUAAUCCAGAAAUGCGAAUUCGUUUUACUUCACCACAUCCAAAAGACUUUCCUGAUGAAGUUUUAGAUCUGAUUGCAGAACGUCGUAAUAUUUGUCAACAAAUUCAUUUACCUGCUCAGAGUGGAAGUUCAACUGUUUUAACGAGAAUGAGAAGAGGAUAUUCGAGAGAAGCUUACUUAGAAUUAGUAUAUCACAUAAAGAGUAUUCUUCCAGAAGUAAUGCUAUCAAGUGAUUUUAUCGUAGGAUUUUGUGAUGAAACUGAAGAUGAAUUUGAGCAAACUUUGAGUCUAAUGAAAGAAGUAGAUUACAGUUCAGCUUACUUAUUUGCUUAUAGCAUGCGAGAGAAAACUACUGCACAUCGACGUUACACUGACAAUAUUGAUAAAACAGUCAAACUAGGAAGACUUCAAAAGCUAGUUCAAUUAUACCGAUCAAAGGUUGAAAGCUUGUAUAAAAAACAAAUUGGACAGUAUCAAUUAGUUUUAGUGGAAGGAGAAAGCAAAAAAGGAUCUCAUGAUUUACAAGGUCGCAAUGACGGGAAUAUUAAAGUAAUAGUACCAAACACAUCAAUACCUGAAUGUAAAGAUUCUCCUUCUUAUAGGCCAAUUAAAAAUGGGGAUUACGUAGUUGUUAACAUUAAUUAUGCUAAUUCUCAAAUAUUGAAAGGAAUACCUAUGUAUCAUUCCUCUAUAAGAAAUUUCAAUUGUAUAUAUCAAUAA